UUUACAAACUACCGUAGCAUUGCACGUACACCCACCACGUGUAUGGCCGACAGAUACAUGUACGCUGUUAUUAAUUUGCCUCCCUCUGAAUCUUUUUGGACCGUUCGGGUACCGCGAGUGCUUGAACUGACGGUGGGAACAUAAUGAACACACAGUGACAAACACCAGCGUUUAACCAAGUUUCAAAAGAACUUCCUACAUCAGGAUGAAGGGACUAAAAGAAACUCCUCAGGACCGGGGCUGCUUGGUGGGGAUCAGUUUCUUCAUUCUGGGCCUGGGAACGUUGCUACCAUGGAAUUUCUUCAUGACUGCCUCAUUGUACUUCCAAGGUCGCCUGAACACAACAGAAUGGAGCAACGGCACGGUGGUGGUCCGCAAGGAGUACUACUUCAACAACUGGAUGACCCUGCUGUCCCAGCUGCCCCUGCUGCUGUUCACCCUGCUCAACUCCUUCCUCUACCAGAGGAUAUCGGAGGCGAUACGCAUCGCAGGCAGCCUGGUUUUCAUCCUGGUGCUCUUCAUCCUCACAGCAGUGCUGGUUAAAGUGCCCAUGGAGGAAGACCGCUUCUUCUCUGUCACCAUGGCUACCAUCUGGUUCAUCAAUUCGUUCGGUGCCGUGCUGCAGGGCAGUCUGUUCGGCCUGGUGGGUCUGCUGCCUCAGAAGUACAGCGCCAUCUUCAUGAGCGGCCAGGGCCUCGCCGGGACCUUCGCUGCCAUCGCCAUGCUGAUAGCCAUCGGCAGUGAUGCAGACUCUGAGACAGCAGCGUUGGGUUACUUCAUCACACCGUGUGUGGGAACGCUGGUCACACUCUUCAGCUACCUGCUGCUGCCCCGCCUGGAGUUUGCCCAGUAUCAUCUCAACGGCAGCAAGUAUGAGGCGGGAACCACAGACGUGCUGCUGAAAGAGAGCAGCACAGUGGAGAACGGCAAGCUGAAUGGCCAUGCUAACGGCUCAGCUGGUGGCUCUCCGGCUGAGGCCGAGGUCGACCCCGAUAACGACGGGACCAAGCACGCCUUCCUGUCGCUGGAGCCGGAAGAGAAGCCAGAGAAGAGCCAGGCCAAGGCCUCGGUCAUAGAGGUCUUCAAAAAGAUCUGGGUGAUGGCUUUCUCCGUGACGUUUGUGUUUACAGUCACUCUGUCCGUCUUUCCUGCUGUCACUGCAGAUGUCAGAACAUCAUUCCCAGGAAAAUGGGAACGCUUCUUUAUCUCCGUGUGCUGCUUCUUGACUUUCAACCUCAACGACUGGUUCGGUCGGACCAUCACCACCUUGAUACGCUGGCCUUGUAAAGAGUCGCGCCUGUUCCCGGCGCUAGUUGUCUCCAGGGUGGUGUUCGUCCCUCUGCUGAUGCUCUGUAAUGUCCAGAAUCGCUCCUACCUUCCCGUCUUAUUCUCCCACGAUGCGGCUUUUAUUGUCAUCAUGGCUGUCUUCUCUGUGUCCAGUGGCUACUUCGUCUGCCUCUCCAUGUCCUACGCGCCACAGUUGGUGGAACCUAAAGAUGCAGAGACUGCAGGAGCCCUGAUGACCUUCUUCCUGGCCCUGGGUCUGUCCAUUGGAGCCGCCCUGUCCUUCCCCCUCCGAGCUCUGGUCUAGUCACACACACACACACACACACUGACACAUAUAGCACUGCGUAGACACUGUAGAAUAUUUUUCACACACACCUGGAGGAGGGUGGAAUAUGAUAAACAGUUAAUCAUCGGUGUGCCCCUCCUGGACGACCUUCUCAUUGUUUCUCCACUCAUCAGUCAGCUGCUGUGCGUGUUACAGCAUGACGGCCCUGACAACCAGGGAGCCUGGGUGACGCUGUAAAACCACAGCUCAUGAAGCGGUACUGCUCAUAAACGACUGACAGGAUUCCCUUUGAAUGGGAACAAGGGAUUUGCUGCAUGUUACUUUGAAUAAGUCCUGGUUAUGUUAUUUCCUGUAAGGUUAGAACAGAUUCUCUGUACAGACAAUGUAAUAGAACUGAUUGUGCUGGACUUUUAUGUUUAUUGUUGUGUGUUUCUACAUUUUUUAGGUUUAUUUAUGUUUAUUUUAGCUUUUGUUGUAAGUAGUUAUUUGGGCAUUAUCAGAUGAUUCUAUGUAGAUAAAGGGACAUCCUAGAAAAACUGACUUUAUUCAUAUGCUGCAAUUAAGAAAACAUAGGUACGAAAGAAGUACUUGUUUUUGCUUUGGUCUUAUACUGCAUUUGUUUGGAUUUUGAAAAGCGAUAGAUGUUUUCUAUUUGGUUGAUGGCUUGAAUGAUUACCGUGAAUCUUCUUUUUGUGAGAUCAAUUACAUUAGGUACUUUUGAUGUAUUUUUCUGCCUAGAAUGAUUUUGUAUUUUCUAAUGAAAUAGCUCAAUGUUACAGAAGUUGAACAAACAAAAGGAUAUUUAUAAUGUACUAUUAAAGGACAAUUCCGGCGCAAAAUGAACCUGGGGUUAAUAACACAUGACCGAGUUGGUCCGUU